AUGCCCUUAUAUGUACUUGAGAAGAUUGGUGGUCUUGAAGUCAAGGCUACAAAGGUAACUUUGCAAAUGGUGGAUGGAUCCACUAAGAAGACUUAUGGUGUGGUGGAAGAUGUAGUGGUUCGAACAGACAACCUUAGAUUCCUGGUGAACUUUGUGGUAAUGGAGAUGGGGAAAGAUUUGGAGAUCCCUAUUAUUCUUGGAAGGUCAUUCAUGAAAAUGGCUAAGGUUAUCAUCAAUGUUGAUGAUAGAACUAUAGCACUCAAAGACCAAGAAGAGGAGGUGAUAUUCAGCAUCUUUAAUGCUGAGCAACAGACCCUUGUAAAGAAGACUAGUCUCAAAGCUGCAUGUGAAGAUGCACUAGGGACUAGCACAAAAGUUGCUAAGCUAGGCAAGAAAG